AUGGCGGUCCCCAGGUCUGGUUCCGUUACCAUUGUUGACGAGGAGAAAGUCGGGGUUACCUCUGUGUUUGCCACUCGUGGAGAGCAUGCUGUCGUGCACGAGGGAGCUGAUCAAGAUGAGUUGGUGUUGGGCGCUCUCGGCUACAAGCAGGAGUUCAAAAGGGAUUUCACCAUCUGGGAGUCCUUUUCUGUGUCGUUCUCCGUCCUGGGCCUGGUUCCGUCCGUGGCCUCCACCAUAGGAUAUAGCUUAGGCUAUUCAGGAACCGGCGGUGCGGUCUGGGGAUGGCUUGCAGCAGGUCUUUGUAUCCAAGCCACGGCAUUCAGCAUGGCAGAGCUGUGCUCGAGUAUGCCGACGGCGGGGGGGCUAUAUUACGCAGCGGCCGUCCUCGCACCCGAAGGCUGGGGACCGCUCGCAUCCUGGUUUGUCGGAUGGAGUAAUUUCUGCGGGUUCGUCACGGGGCCCUGUAGCGUCAAUUACGCUUUGGCUUCGAUGUUGAUUACCUGCGGAAUGAUCGCGAAUCCCGAGUACGAACCCAAAACUUGGCAUAUCUAUUUGGUGCUUCUGCUGCUGCUCUUCAUCAACGGGAUCAUCACCAUGCAGUCUACGUGGUUCCUUGGAUGGGUGAACAAGAUUGGCACCAUCUGUAACAUCAUCGUCAUCCUGGUCUUCGUCAUCUGGUUCCCUGUUGGCUCGAUCAACCAUCCCAAGACCAACAACAGCCACGACGUCUGGACUCAGUUCGAGAAUGGAACUGAAUGGCCGAUAGGCUGGUCAGUUAUAAUGGGGAUGCUCACAGCUAUCUGGACGAUGUCUGGCUACGACGCCCCCUUCCAUUUGUCGGAAGAAUGCAGCAACGCCAACAUCGCCGGGCCUCGUGCCAUUGUCAUGACGUCUCAACUGGGUUUGUACCUUGGCUGGGCAAUCAUCAUGGUGAUUGUUUAUACUGUCAAGGACAUUCCUGAUGUGGUUGCCGGUCAGUAUGGUCAGCCCUUUGGGAGUUUGUGCCUCCAAGUGCUGGGCAAGAACGCUGGGCUAGCCAUGUUCUCGUUGAACAUCAUAGCUCAGUUCUUUGUUGGAACAGGGUGCACUUUGACAGCGACAAGAGUGGUUUUUGCUUAUUCCAGGGAUUCGGCGAUCCUAGGCUCGCGAUGGUGGAAGCAAGUUCAUCCCAAGACCAAAACACCGGUCUAUGCCACCUGGGGCGUUCUGGGAGUUUCCUCUCUUCUGGGACUCCUGAUGUUCGCAAGCCCCGUGGCAAUUGGAGCCGUUUUCAGUUUGGGCGCAAUUGCCCAAUACACGGCCUUUACUACUCCAGCUGCGUUGAAGCUGUUCUUUGACAAUGGCCGAUUCAAGCCAGGACCCUGGAACCUGGGAAGAUGGUCUAAAGUGUCGGGGACUAUCGCAGUCUGCUGGUGGCUUCUGAUUCUUCCGGCCAUGUGCUUCCCUGCUGGAAAAGGAAAAGACCUUACUCCCUUGACGAUGAACUGGACUUGUCUGAUUUAUGGCGGUUCCAUGUUCCUUGCCUUGUCCUACUAUGCCAUUUCGGCGAGACACUGGUUCAAAGGUCCACGCGUCAACAUCGACUUUACCCACGGAAGCACGGAGCUCUUGGAAGGCGAGGCACCGGCGGACAGUCCUGUAGCGACAGGCAAUGGUAUCAAGCAAGAGUAG